AUGGCCAGUGUUGAAGGCGACGGUACGACGCCUGCGGUCCGUUUCAAGCGGCGCAAGAUCGCGCAUCCAAAGCGCGUGUAUGCCGAAGACGAUGCUCCUAUCACAUCCGAGUCGCAAGCUCCCGAUGCAGGAACCCGGACGGACAAUGCGCCGACACCACCAGCGGAGCCGCAAGACGAAGACAACUCAGUACCGAAUCUCAGAGACAUCAUACGGAACCGGAAGCGCCCGCGCGAUCGGCUGAGAGAUGUUUUGCGCAAAGCAGACACACCCAGAACCGAGCUCGUUCCCAUCGAGGCACCGCGAGAGGGCCUCUAUACGAAAGCUCGCCUGGCUGAACAGAACUUCCGCCAGUAUGGCUGGCCUAUUCCACCACACCUCCGAGCUACCGUAGCGGAGAUUGCACCUGAUCUGAGGAAUACAAUCACUACAAGUUCCUCGCAGUCAGGUCCAUCAGCAGAGACCCAGAGCCCCGCAAAUAUCGAACACAGCAUUCGCAUUGCAGCAGGCAUGGGCAAGAUUGAGGAAGUGGACAUCGCACCCGUCCCGAAACGAACAGACGAGAAGUGGAGGCGUCUCGAGAACGGCGAGUUCGAGCACGUAGCCACGGGCAAAGUGCGACUAGGCAGAGACGGCAAACCUCGACGACCACCGAAGCGGAGAAACAGUGAUGAUGUUCGACGUGACCAGAUGGUCGAAGCAGUGCUGAGUGAAGCCAAGCUGGACUACUUUGAUGCGCAAGCAUACGCAAAUCUGCGCACUCCUGCAUCUGCCAACAACGACGACGCCUUCCUCGCCCAAUUCCAAGCCGAUUACUACGAGUCCGUCGAAGACGCGCGACAGCAGCAGCGCAAACCCGCACCAGCCGCAGCCAAAGACGCGCCAAAAGGGCCGAAACUCGGUGGCUCCAAGAGCGCUAGAGCGAAGAUGCGUCUUGCAGAAGAACAGGCCGCGAAGACCAAGAGGUAA